AUAGCAUAGGAGACUCUUGGCUAUCUCUCAAUCUGAUUCUAUGCCAUACACAGACAACAAUCUCUAACUAUAAUGUGUCUUGCUUGGCACAUGACAAAUUUGUUAUGUCUACGUUAUGUUUGCAGGCUAUCUUUGGCGUCUCUUUACGGACUUUGUGAUUUAUCUCAUAAACGCAAGAGGAUAUAUUUAAGCUUUUUGUAAAUACAUCCACGAUCUUUUCUUAUACCUCGUUGAAGCAUCUUGAAGUCGAUAUGGCGAGUCGAAGAUUGAUCCUUGGCGUUGAUGUCGGUGGGACGAACACGGACGCAGUGCUUUUGGAUCCAAACAAGACGGGACCAGAUGCAGUUAUAUCAUCCUACAAAGCUACCACGGGAACAGAUGUGACCACUGGGAUUGAGGAAGCGAUUCGAACUCUUCUCGAAAGUGCAAAACUUUCUCCAGCAAGUGUGGCAAGCUUGAUGAUAGGAACAACACACUUCAUCAACGCUGUCGUGGAACGUGAUGUCUCGAGACUUGACCCUGUAGCAGUCAUUCGUUUAGCUGCCGGAAACUAUUUGAGAUAUACUCCCCCAUUUAUUGAUUUUCCACCAGCGCUGAAGAGGAUCAUCAAUGGUCAUUUUGCCAGCAUAUCCGGUGGCGUCCAGAUCGAUGGUGCAGAACUUGGCCCCAUCAAAGAGAGUGAAGUGCUUGAGCAAGCCAGAAUCAUCAAGGAGAAAGGACUCCGUAGAGUUGCAAUAGUUGGCAUCUAUUCGCCAUUCGAUGAGAAGUAUCACCAAGAAGAGAAGGUUCGUGAUCUUCUGAGGAAAGCAUUAGGCGAAGAUGUGGACAUUGUAUGUUCCAAAGAUGUUGCUGGAGUUGGUAUCCUGGCACGAGAGAAUGCAACCAUUCUGAAUUCAUCGACCUUGCGCUUCGCUAGGCGAACAAUCAAUGGCUUCAAGCGGGCUAUGAAACGUCUGGAACUCAGCUGUCCACUAUAUCUAACUUCCAAUUCCGGUCAACUUCUGUCGUCCAAGGAAGCCAUGUCGUAUCCCAUCCGGAUCUUCUCUUCAGGAGCCACGAACUCUAUAAGAGGAGCUUCAUUUCUAUCAGCAGAACAUCAAUUGGGUGAGAGUCGAUAUGUCAUAGAUAUUGGUGGGACAACAACAGACAUUGGCUGUCUUCUCCCAAGUGGAUUUCCCCGACUGGCUAGCGCAACUACCGACAUUGGGGGAGUCAGAGUCAAUUUUGCAAUGCCUCAAGUGGAAAGCAUUGGACUUGGUGGAGGGUCUCUUGUGCAUGAAAAUUCAAAUGGCAAACUAUCUAUUGGUCCAGAUAGUGUUGGACAAGCACUGAGGGAGAAAGCCAUAUGCUUUCAUGGUGAUUGUUUGACUACGACCGACAUCAUGGUUGCGGCUGGCGAAGCCAAAAUCGGUAGUUUGACCCCAGAAGUUCCCCUUGCAACAAUCCAAUUGGCAAAGGAAAAAAUCAAGCAAAUGCUCGAGGACCAUAUCGACAGAAUGAAGACAUCACCAGAACCAUGCAACUUACUUCUCGUUGGAGGAGGAGCGUUUCUUUGUCCUUCAAAACUGGAAGGGGUGGCUUCAAUCGAGGUUCCUCGACAUGCAGGUGUUGCCAACGCCGUGGGAGCAGCUGUUGCCGAAAUUGGAGAGGACGCUGAAAUGAUCGUUGAUGCCAGCAAUAAGGACAACGCACUGGCGGAUGUGAAAGCUAAAGCCAUUGCUCAAGCCAUUUCGAGAGGGGCAAAAACCUCACAGAUCCGCAUCAUCGAAGAAGAGGUUUCGGGCAUCCCAUAUAUUGAAGGGAAAUUUAAGAUCUCAGUGAAGGUUGUAGGUCCGGUCGACUACGUACGAUUCUUGGAAGAUGCAGAGAAUGAAGCUAUCGACGACUCAGCCGCGGAGGAGCCGUAUCACGAAACGAAGCAAUGGGAUUUGAAUGGAGAGAUGCAUGACUCGACUGAUGAAAAAAUCGACCACGACUCCUACAGGCCAAACAUCGACAGCAACCGAGUCUGGCAUUUAUCAGAAACUGAUGCUCAUUACAUAUCAAUAGGUUGCUACAUUCUCGGCUGUGCUGGUGGUGGCACACCCUACGCAAGCUAUCUUCAGACCCGCCAACUCCUUCGUGAUGGUGGCAAGAUUAGGAUCAUCGAUAUUGAUGACUUGCCAGCCGAUGCUCAAUGUGGUCCAGUUGCAGGGAUGGGCAGUCCCAUAAUUGCUAUCGAGAAACUUGGUGGCGACAUGAUUCUCCAUGCAAUGCAAGAGAUGGAGAAGCAUCUCAAUAUCAAGUUCACCGCGGUGCUCACUGCAGAAAUAGGCGGGUCCAAUGGAAUGGCGCCUCUGCUUCUCUCGUCAUCGACAUACUAUGAUAUUCCCUGCAUUGAUGCAGAUCUCAUGGGACGAGCUUUCCCAUCCUUUGAAAUGAGUUCACUCUUCAUCGGAGCCGAUGACAUUAAUCAUCUACUUCCAGCCUCUUUGUCGAGCGGCGAUGGAACAAAUAUGACCUUGACUUCAGCAAAAGACGCGGCCUCAGUUGACAAAGUCCUGCGAGCAUCAUGCAUCACUAUGGGCCUCGCAGCAGGUAUCUCAGCCCGACCAACAACAAAAUCCGAGCUGCAACAAUACGGCAUACCUAAAUCGAUGUCUUUGUCCUGGAGACUUGGUCGUGCCGUCCUUCAUGCACGCACCAGAGGUACCAUUGCAACCGUUCAUGAGGACCUCAUCCAGGAAUUUGGUGGUCCCCAGAGCGCGAGUAAGGUGUUUGAAGGAAAGGUCGUAGGAGUCGGACAGUCGGUGCACAAAGGUCAUAGCUAUGGAACGCUUGUCAUCGAAAAGCUCAAGGACUACGAGAAAGACAACGAUGGUGGAAGUAAAGACAAUGGGCCUGAAAAGGUCUCAAUCCCGUUCAUCAAUGAGAACCUUAGGGUAGAAGCUGUCUACGCGUCUGGAGAAAAGAAGAUCCUUGCCACAGUUCCAGACUUGAUCAUGGUCCUCGACACUUUAAGCGGCGAAGCAGUUGGCGUCCCCGAAUAUCGAUACGGUCUAAAGGUCAUGGUUAUGAUUGCCGCAGCCCAUCCCCUCUGGACGAGCAAACGAGGGCUCGAGAUCGCGGGACCCAAAGCAUUUGGGUAUAAUAUGGAGUUCGAUCCGUGUGGUGUUUAUGGAGAUGUGACUAGCGUCAUUGACGAGUUUGCCCCAUCAACAUAAGUUGAAGCAUGAUUUGAGGAGAAUGUCAAUCACGCAGAUUCCUUCGCAAUAUAUAAUUAGUACAGCAAUAGCAAACACGUUAUUUGCUGUACUAUCAUAGAAAAUACUCGAGCACGAAUGCAGCCACGGUCGUAGUAGAUUGUGCGCUGCCUUGAUAAACAGCGGGACUUUUUUCAGAUGCCAGAUAUUCUGCCUGAGUUU